AACAAAAAGGGCUUUGUCCAUUGGUAAGUCACCACGAUAAAUAGAGCGACCAUGCACUUCUGCAAAGGGUCGAUACUGCUAGGAUGCUUGUUUGUGAUUUUCGCUGCUGAUGUUGGGCUGGUUUCGGCUUUUGCGUUUCAGAUUUCAAGUACCGAUCGUCGCUAUCGUCGAUAUCAGCAGCAGGUACAAACUCGUUUAAAGAUGGCACCCGUCGGUUUUGUUGGAAUUGGCAUCAUGGGAGAGGGCAUGGCUGCCCGCCUUGUAUCCGAGGGAGUUGCUGGUGGUGAUGAAAAAUCCCCCCUGAUUGUUUGGAACCGAACAACUUCCAAGUGCACGGCUCUCAAGGAAAAGUUUCCAGACAAAAACAUUAUCAUCAAGGACACUGCAAAGGAAGUGGUGGAAGCCUGUGAAAUUACCUACUCGAUUUUAUCCACACCUGAGGUGAGCCAAAUUGUCUUUGAAGGCGACAAUGGAGUCCUGGCUGGUGUUUCCAAAGGAAAGUCGAUUGUGGAUUGUGCCACUCUCGCCGAAGAAGACAUGAAACGUAUGAGUGAAGCUGUCGUGCAAAAGGGCGGACGAUUCCUAGAAGCCCCGGUUUCAGGAUCCAAGGUUCCCGCUGCCACGGGAACUUUGAUUUUCCUCUGUGCUGGCUCCGAAGAACUAUUUAACGAAAUCAAAGACAGCGGACUCAAGGCUAUGGGAAAGGCCAGCCACUUCUUUGGCACGCAGGUUGGUUUUGGCACGCGUUCCAAACUAGUUGUCAACUCCUUGAUGGGAACUAUGAUGGUCGCCUUUGGAGAGGCAAUCGCCUUGUCAGAGUCUGUGGGGCUAGAUCCUACCAAAAUGAUUGAAAUCAUUGGUCAGGGUGCUAUUCAAAGCCCAGUUUAUGCCCUCAAGGGACCCAAGAUGAUUGUCAAAAAUCACGCCCCAAACUUUCCGCUGAAGCAUGCUCAUAAGGACAUGGCAUUGGCUUCCAAAAUGGCAAAGGAUGCAUGUGUCGAAUACUCCGUGAUGGAUCAAGCCGAGACAAUCUUCCGGGCUGCUAGAAGUGAUGAGGGGUUGAAAUUGGCAGAUCUUGAUAUGAGCGCUGUCUUUGAGAAGAUCCACGAAGAAUCCAGCAGCGACUUCUCUAAGAAACGAAAGGCGGACAAGAUAUAGAUACUGUAUGGCAUAGCAGCUACUAGAGCUAGCUACCGAUAAGUUGGCAGAUUCUAAACAUCCUAUGGAAAGGACCUUCAGUGCAUCCAGUUCACUGCUUUCCUGUUUGCUAGCUACUGGUAGUCUAGUAGCCUUGAUGACGAGCACAUAUUCGAUCGAAUCAUUCAAUAUUGUAGAUGGCUAGCUAGCUAGUACGACUGUACCUCA